AUGAAAGUCCUCUGCCUCCACGGUGCCUUUGGCAGUGCUUCGAACUUCAAAGUUCAGCUAGGCAUCUUUACCGAUGCUGCAAAGCGGCCUGGCGUGGAGUUCAAAUGGAUCAACGGCUUCACCAAGGCAACGCCCCCGGCCGGCUUUGACGACUACUUUGGCGCUCCGCCUCUGUACCGCUUCAUGGAUAUUGAUGGCAUGAGUGAACUAGAGCAGAUGAUUGUCAAGAUCAGGGAUAUUCCUCAGGGAGACUCUCCUGAGGAGACGAUGCGGAGGCUGAUUGCCGAUAAGGAGCAGUUUACGACUCCAGCUGUAACGAUGGCUUUGAAUCGGCUGCUACAGCUUCUGGAUGAGGAUCCAGAGAUUGACGGAAUUCUUGGGUACUCGGAAGGAGCUACAACUGCAGCCAGCCUAAUUCUCGAAGAGCAGCGUCUUUUCAGAGAGCAAGGCCGCCCUCGGCACAUCAAGUGUGCCAUCUUCUUCGCGGGUUGGCCUCCUGUCCGUAUCAUCGACGGCCGCGUUCAGACGCUGCUUGCUGAUCAGCACGACGAAAUGAUCGACAUACCGACGUGUCAUGUUGUAGGUUGUAACGAUCCAUAUAUUCAUGGAGCCAUCACACUUUAUGGGAUGUGCGACGAGGAUAUGGCGAUUUUGUUCGACCAUGGGAAGGGACAUACAGUUCCUAGGGACGAGUUGACGGUGAAGGAGCUGGCAGAGACGAUUGAGAAAACCUUUGACCAGGCUGCAGCAUUUAGUCAUUAA